UGAUUCCCAACAGUCAUCAUCAUCUUCUUCUUCUUCUUCUUCUUCUUCUCAAGUUCAAUUUUGAACUGAAAUUGUAUAACUAUAAAUGCGAUGAAGCUGUGAAAGAAGAAGCAAUGGAUCUCGCGCCAUGCCCUUUCUGCCACCUUCCUGUUCCAUCUUCAGAACUCGAAUGGCAUGCGAACAAUCAUUUUCUUGAUGAGCAUGAGCAGCAACGAUUGGCAAGUGACUUGGAAUUGGCCCAACAAAUUGCUUUUGCCCCUCCUUCACCUCCAUCUCUGAAUAGCCAAGUAAUUAGUGACCUGCCAUUUGAUCUGGGUUUUGAGGAAAAGGUCAAUUGCUUGAUUAAUUUUCAGUCCAGAAGCAUAUUUCAUAAGGUUGAACAUGGUUUGAUGGCAUUGUUGAGAAAGUGUUUGGAAUUAGAAUCUGAUAAUACUACAAGUAUUUUGUCUGGUUAUGUUGACCAUUUUCAGAGCCUUGAGUAUGAAGAUGUUGGGUGGGGUUGUGGUUGGCGCAACAUUCAGAUGCUGAGCUCCCACUUGCUUCAUCAAAGGCAAGAAGAAGUGAAGAAGGUUUUGUUUGGUGGGCAAGGGUUUAUUCCUGAUAUCCCAUCACUCCAAAGAUGGCUUGAGAUUGCUUGGGAAAAGGGUUUUGAUGAGCCUGGCUCAGAACAUUUUGAUGGGAAGAUUUAUGGUUUGAAAAAAUGGAUUGGAACUACUGAAUGUGCUGCCCUUUUAAGAUCUUUUGGACUUAAAGCAAUGAUUGUGGAUUUUGGUCCUAAGGAAUUUGAGUCUCUUUAUCUAAGUGUCCCGGGUUCAAGUGCUGGGGUAGAGGGGAAGAGUGAAGGUAAUGGACUAAAGAGGAGAGGGAUUCAGGUUUGUGGACCAAUGGAUAGAUAUGUAGUGAAAAAAAUUCAUGGUCAUUCCCAAGCACAUUCCGGUGUGCAGGAGAAGUCUAGUUCUUCUAGUAAUAUUACUAGAGAAAAUGAGGGUCAGCAGGUACUUAUUGAUUGGAUCUGGAACUACUUUUCAGACUCGAAUAAACCUGGCAAUGGUCAUGUAAUUGUGAGUGACAAAGCGCCAUUGUAUUUCCAACAUGACGGGCAUUCAAGAACCAUUGUUGGAAUUCAAAUCAAACAUCAACGUAAUGGGGUGCAUCAGCACAAUCUCUUGAUCUUGGACCCUGCUCAUAGAACAGCAGCCCUGGAAAAAUCUCUCAAAGAGAAAGUAGGAUGGCAAAAGCUUAUAAAAAGAGGGGUUCACACACUAAAGAAACCGCAGUAUCAGUUGUGCUACGUUGAGCCUGGAAUUGCUUCUGGGGAAGAAAUGGAAUUGCUCAAGACAAUAAGUAGUGUGUUUCUUGAACUCUAGGGGGACCAUCUUGAAUAUCUGGGCUUAAGCUACCGUUCAAUAUGCCUGAGAUUGCAAAUCCAUACACAAGAGGUCUGAGGUUCGAGUCCUUCCUAUGUAUCUACAUAAUAAUUGUUAUAGUUUUCCGAUCUCCAAAUAUUGUAAAAAACAGGAUGAAUGGUUAGAUUAUUACUUAAGGGUGACAAUAUGAAACUUUUGUUGGAAACCAUGAUCCGGUCAAGCUUUCUGAGGUUGGAAAUUUGAACAGUUGACUUAUCAUUGUCAUUUGUAUCUUCUUCUUUUCAUUUCAGAUGUGAGUUGAAGAAAGGUUAGGGCAAGAACAUAAGUUGUUGCUUAGCUUAGUAGUUUGGAUAGUCUUGAAUAUACUCACUCUCUUCUUUUCUUCUA